GAUUACUUAGUUUAAUUAUUCGUUAACAUCGAUAGGACCGCGCUCUUGUAAAAUAUAUUGACUUAAUAAAAAGUUUUUUAUUAUGGAUAUUGAAUUACCGUACAUGGUGGAAUAUGCCAGAACUGGGAGAGCCUCUUGUAAAGGAUGUAAAUGUUCUAUUCCCAAAGAUAGCCUUCGAAUCGCUGUUAUGGUUCAAUCCGCAUUUCAUGAUGCAAAAGUACCGAAUUGGUAUCAUAAAAGUUGCUUUUUCAAAAACCAACGUCCUGCCUCUGUGGGAGACAUACAGAACUUUCAAAACCUUCGGUUCGUUGACCAAAAUGAAUUAAGUGAUCUUAUUGGAAAUAUAGAGAAAGAUAUACGUGCAAAAUCGGGAACGAAGCGAUCCAAGGCUUAUAACUUAGCACUCAAAGACUUUGGAAUCGAAUAUGCAAAAUCAAGUCGUUCGACGUGUCGUGGAUGCGACCAAAAAAUAAUAAAGGAUCAAGUCCGCCUACGGAAAACUGUUUUUGAUACUGAAGUUGGUAUGAAGUAUGGAGGGCAGCCGCUUUGGCAUCAUUUGGAUUGCUUUGCUAAACUGCGCUCUGAACUUGGCUGGUUUGAUUCAGGAGCAGCAUUGCUUGGUUAUGCGAGUCUAACGAGUGAUGAUCAAGCGGCAGUAAAAAGCGUUCUCCCAGCAAUAAAAUCUGAAGAAUUACCUGAAGCUAAAAAAAUUAAAACGGAACUGUUAAAUAACACCGAUGAAAUCGAAAAAAUUAAAUAUUUACAAAGUCAAAAUGACGCCAUUUUUAAGUAUCGGGACGAACUUAAAAGUACAAUGAAGAAGACCGACAUUGAAAAACUUUUACAGUUUAAUAAUCAACAGCCUUUAACUGGUGACUCUGAAAGAUUAUUAGAUCAAGCAUCAGACUUGCUGACUUUCGGUGCUAUUGAAUCAUGCUCUGAAUGCGGCAGCUCUCAAUUUAUUUUUGAUAAGUCUGGUUACAUUUGUAACGGAAAUAUUUCUGAGUGGACCAAAUGCACCAAGUUGUUAGCGGAACCGACCAGAUCAGCAUGCAAAAUACCAAAAGAUCUUAAAGCAAAAUAUAGCUUUUUAAAUGUAGUAAACAAAAUGCCAUCAACACGCCUUAUUCAAUAUCUUCCUCCAAGUGAAAGGACCUUAUCUAAAAAUCUAGAGACGAAAAAUUUAAGCGACGAAUAUGAUGGGUUAGUAUUAAAAAUCUGAACCCGUAAUGAUUAA